AUGUGUGCUUGUGACUGGCAGCACCGAGUGCUGCAGCAAGCAGGCGACACAUCCUUUGCGGAGAAGAAUCAGGGGAUGAUUGUGCUCCAACUCCUGUCAGCAGGCGCGUUCCAAUAUGGCCGCUUCUACACGCCGCUGUUCAUAGGGGCGCCGCCCAGGAUGUACGUGGCACUGGUGGACACGGCAGUGAGCCUCUCGUGGCUCUACUGCGACUGCAUCAAGUGCCCCCAGGACUCGCCCGUCAUCAAGCAACGCACAUUCUACACAACACUCAACUCCACGUCAGCAGCGCUGCUCAACUGCACGUCUCCAGCAUGUCUCCAGCUACCGUCAGCCGGGUGCAUGGCGCUGCCGCGCAACCUCUCGCGCUCCAACUCCUCCUGUGACCUGCGCUAUGCGCCCGCAGGGGACCUCGUGCAGGACGGCAUGCUGCUCAAGGUUGUGAAGGGUGGUGCUGCCAGCGAGCAAGCAGCAAGGAUUAACUUCGGCUGUGGGCGCAUGGACCUGGGCUAUGGGGGAUCAUCAGUGGACGGGGUGCUGGCGCUCGGCUCUCGCCCCUACGGCCUGCUCGCACAGCUGAACGCCUCUCUAGGCCUGGCGCGUGCCUACUCGCUGUGCUUCGACAGCGGCAACCAGCGCGGCGCUCUGCUCAUGGGCGAUGCCGAUAUGCCUCCAGGGAUGCUCUCCACUCGCCUCGGGCUGCUGCCCAACGUCUCUCGCCCGUUCCUUCCAGUGCAGGGCAUCCGCAUGGGCAGCAGUGCAGUGGCCAACAGCUCUGACCUAGCAGCGCUGGUGAACGGCACGCAGGGGGGAUUCACAGUGGACACGGCCGUGCUCUACUCGGGCUUCAGCAGAAUCGUCUUCAACGCCAUGGUCAACAUGCUGUUCGCGGAUCCCUCCCUCACCCGGACUGGCUCCGAGGACAAGGCUUGCGUUGUUAACGACGAGGCGGCGAAGAAGGUGUACUUCCCGCCCAUCCUCAUAGACUUUGCUGAGGGCAGCCUCACAGUGCUGCCACAGAACUACAUGGUGGUGAACGAGACAGCGCAGUGCUUCGCAGCUGUGCCGCUGGAUGCCAAUGCCACUCAGUCCGCCUUCCUCGGAACCAUGUGGAUUCGGGACCAGUUCCUUACGUUUGACUACACCAGGAAGCUCUUCUCCUUCCAAUCCAUGAACUGCACCACACUCACGCCCAUCGCAGCCCCACCCCCGCCCCCUCCUCUCGUAUUCACCGUCCCAGAACCCCGGUCCAAGGGGGCUUAUUCUCCUUCUGAACUCCUUUGCACACUUUUUCUGCUCCUGCUUGCUCUGUUUUUCAAUUCCCUUGCAUAG